UCAGGUUUUGUGAGUUAGAUCCUUUGGGGCAGUAUACCAUGGCCUCUGACCCUUCAAUGGCCUCUCUGCUGAACUGCCUGGGCCAUAGCAAGGAAACUGAAUCCAGAGAGCGUCUACAAAAGCUGCCUGAACUACAAAGGUCUGCAAUCCCACCAAGGCCUCCAGUCCAUGUUCAGGACCCACAGGCUGUGUUGAAGAGGCGUGUAAAAAGGACCCAACCAAGUCUCCACCACUUGAGAAUCCGCAAGCAGUUGUUGUUUUCAGGCCUAUACACUCAGGCACCUCCCUCUGAACAGACAGAGCAACAACAGAGACACCAUGUCAAACUGCCUUUUCACCUACCUCCUCUGAGGUCAUCUAAGCCACCCCAGACUGUUGUAUCAACCACUAGUGUUCCCGGACGACCUUUUCCCAUUAAGAACAGAAGAGCACUGGGCAAUCCCUCAAAAGUUCAAAUCUGUCACCACAGCAAGGAUGACUAUCCCAUGAUCAGUGAUGGAGGUGUGCUAUCAGUAUUGAAUGAUUUGAAGAAGUUUCAAGACCUCAUAAAAGAGUUGACAAUUUGUGCCUGCCACCACUACUUGUCAGAUCAUGUAUUAAUGUCUGAUGGCCCAGAUCUGUCUUUUUUUGAAAAUGCGCUGAAGUUACACUACAGUGAGUACAAGGAGGCCUUAGCCAUUCAACAGGAAACACAUCUAGGCUUACUGCUUGUGGACAAAACACAGCUCAAAGAGAAGCUGGUGUCUUCUUCACACUGCUGUCUAGAGAUCAUAAACAAAAUGCUAUCCAAGCUUUUUAAGAGAAAAGUUGAUGCAGUCAUUGCUGAGGCAUGUGAUGCUCAGUUUAAACUAGAGUUCAGGCCCACCACUACAACUGAGUUGGCCAACUACCUAACAUUCUUGGAUGAGAUUAUUAUGCUAGAGGCAGAGCAUGAGACAGCUUCUCAGAUGUACAAGCUGAUAAAUAUGUACUCAGUUCCCAUCCCAUCUGAGGAUCAUGACCCCCAAAUCCUAGACAUCAAUGCAGAUCCCUCGAAGGUCUCUCUGCUGUUAGCAGAGGUCCAGAUUUUGACUGAUGAGCUGCAGGCUGAGGCCUUCACCUACACUUCAUACCAGAAGAUUUUUAAGAUACAGGUGACCAAGUUUGACAUGCUGGAGGACUUGCUUUCUGAGUUAGGGCUGAAAAAACUGCUUUGGAAGUAUCAGGAGGAGUGGGACUCUUUCCAAAGUGGAUGGAGACUGAACACACUUGAGAAACUUGACCUGGAGGGUUACAGCUCUGAGAUCCUCAAAUUCAGCAAAUAUGUCAACCAGCUUGAGAAGGGCCUGCCUUCCAACAGUGUUGUGACAAGUCUUAAGAACAAGGUGGAAGUCACAAAGCAGAGGCUGCUUGUGAUCACUGAUUUACAUAACUCAUGUAUGAAACCAGAGCACUGGAAGACUCUGGAAUCUAUUGUAGGGACCUCCUUGAAUGCAGAGGAGCUCACUCUGGCUGCUAUGGAAGAGACUGAUGUCUUCUCCUAUGGAAAGGAGAUACAAGAGUUCAUUCAUGGCGUGGUUCCGAGCGACCCUCUACCUCCCCUUCAACGCCAAGUCUACAAGUCCAUCAACGUUCAUAUGGACUAAGAUGACUUCUUCGGCCAUCAUCUCCACCACCACCACCAGUGUCUGGACUCCAGGGGGGGACAGAUCUUUCUGCCGCUCAGGGCAGACACCCUUCAAUCACACUAUGUCCAUGUGGAGUUCA